AUGACUGUAAGAGACGUCAGUCACGACGACUACGAGGUCGUUAUGAACAUGGCGUCCCCGGAUACCUUUCGGGACGGCUUUGACUACCUGCCGGCCAAGUUUCACAACUAUGUGGACGAUCCAGAUACGAUGUUUCUCCUCUGGGAGGUCGAUGGAGAAGUGGUAUUCCUUCAUGUGCUGUUCUUGCAAGACGGUGGGCAAGUAAUCUGUCUUAAAACCAUGCGCGCUGCGAAGAAAUGGCAAGGCAAGGGUGUGUCAAAAAUGUUCAUGGCAGCAACGACGCCACGUGCUGUGGUGAAGAUUAUUGAAAAGUUAGGGCGGCUCCCCAACUUACUACAUGCGGUGACAGACAUCGAGCGCCCCGACAUGGGAACUCUACAUGUACAUGGUACUGGCAAUGCACGGAGAAGGCUGAACGCUGGGUCUGUGAUUAACACCAUGCAAUUUCGCUGCUGGGACGCAACUACCGCGAGGGACCGACUGAGUGCUCUCCAAAUCUCCCUCCCGAACCUCGCCCCCUACCGGCCUACUGGCGACAUCCACCGCCUGCUACCACCCUCCUUCUCCGCUGACGUUCUGUCCAAGGGCCUGGUGUUUGUUGACUGGGAUCCGCACAACCUUUCUGAGUCCAACAUGAAUAAGUUUGUAAAAGCAGGUUGCUACAUCCUUGUCGACUCGACCGAACCGGCCGCCAGGAGUCUUAGUUUCGGCGGGAGUUACAUGACACCCCGUGGCAGGGUGUAUCACAUAGACAUACACUGUAAGGACGAGGGUUUAUGUAAGGCUCACAUCAUAACCCACGUGAAGAACGCAUGUAGUCAGUACACAGGCAUGAUAACGUUCAAUGUUAUGGUGAUUGAUAAGGGGUUAAAGGAUGUAGUGAUACAGUUUUGCGUGCAGUAUCUGCAGUUCCAACAUCUUCCGCAUGACCAUACUUUUGUUCAUAAUGACCUUGAUCUUGGAGCUUACCAGAAAUCGGCAGAACCUGUACCUCAGUCUAAAUAUUGA